UGCUUUUACAUGAGAGAUUUUUCUUUUUUUUGUGCAGGUUUAGGUAUAAUUUAUUUAAGUGCAUGCAUUUAUUUAUUACCUAUGUUAUUUCACUUUUUAUCUGUUGCUGAUAUAGCACAUCCUUAUUUUUCUGUAUUUUCAAUGCUUUAUUCCAAUAUUGUAUGCAAAAUUCCUCAAAGAGGGACUUACUUAUCUCACUCCUGUUUAUACAGAAAUGUAAAUAGUCUGGGGAAAAUAUUUCAUUAGUGUCAAUCUGCAUCAUCCCCACAGUGAGGUCAUUGUCUUUAAUAGGGUUAAAUAUAAGUUCACUUGUUGCUAAAGUUUUUUUAAGAUGAAAUUUGGAUCUGUUAACAUGGCCCAAAUCAAGCUGCAGUCCUUUAUCUUGAUGCUCCUAAUUGAGUAUCUAAGUUCACUUGCACUCCCCAAAGGAGAAGUAAUUAUCCCCAAACUAUUUCAAGAUCCACAUGGAGAAAUGGUUCUGAGGUUUUUUGCCUUAGGUAAGGAGAUAGAGCUCCAUUUAGUUCCAGACGAUGCAUUCCUUGUGCCAGGUUUGCAGAUUCAAUAUGUAGGUAAAGCAGGUUUGGAUGAAGAAGAGAUGAAUGGUUUGAGAAGUUGCUUUUACUCCAGUCGAGAACCUUUGGCAGCAAUCAGCUUGUGUAAAGGUAUCCAGGGUGCAUUCUUGUACGACCAAGCUCAAUAUGUGAUUCAGCCCUUGGACAAAUGGGAAAGUCGUGAUAGACUUGGGGAGCACUUGAUUUUUAAAGCUGGAGAUGUGAGUACCCAAAGAUGGGAAAGCAAAUCUGGAGAGCAAAUCUAUGGUGGAAAAAGUAAAGAAUGGGAACACCUGGACAUUGAUACUAACCAGCAGCAAAAUAGUCAGUAUAAAUACUCACAAAACAUGGGCAACACAGGUGAAAGUGGUCAGAGCUAUGUCACUAAAGCAAAACACACAUCUCAACAUAUGAUGUCACCACAUGUUUCGAAAAGGCCCCAGAGUCAACACGAAGGAAGUGACAAUGAGAAACAUUCCAAAAUGUCACCAAAAAGUCUUGACACAUGGUCUAAUGAGGAGGGACCCAAAAACGAAAGAACAGGGGGUGCAAGAAAUGUUCACCCACUUCGUCACAGGAGAUUUGUAUCCGAAGAUCGGUUUGUGGAGAUCUUAUUGGUGGCUGAUACUUCCAUGGUUAAAUUUUAUGGGGAGGAUUUAAAGCUUCACCUCUUGACACUUAUGUCAGUGGCUGCUCGUAUCUAUAAGCACCCAAGUCUGAGGAACUCUGUGAGCCUGGUGGUAGUGAAGGUCUUAGUGGUGGAAAAUGAGGAAGCAGGUCCAGAAGUCUCUGAUAAUGGUGGUCUGACACUGCGCAAUUUCUGUAACUGGCAACAGAAAUAUAACCCAACUAGUGAUCGCCAUGCUGAGCACUAUGACACAGCAAUACUCCUCACCCGACAGGAUAUUUGCGGACAUGAGAGCUGUGAAACCGUGGGCGUGGCUGAUAUUGGUACCGUGUGCGAUCCUAGUAAAAGCUGCUCAGUUAUCGAGGAUGAAGGAGUUCAGGCUGCCUACACACUAGCUCAUGAACUUGGGCACGUGCUCAGUAUCCCCCAUGACAACUCUAAGAACUGUGAGAAGUUGUUUGGCGAGCAGGGCGAGAAUCAUCUGAUGGCAGAUCUCUUUGUCCAGCUGAACAAGUCUGUGCCGUGGUCCCCCUGCAGUGCUCUGCAUCUUACGGACUUCUUUGACAAUGGUUAUGGAGACUGUCUAUUAGAUGCGCCCUCUAAUUCUAUGGAGCUUCCGGUGGACCUGCCAGGAACAUCUAACCAAUACAACCUGGACAGCCAAUGCAGACAAGUUUUUGGGGAAGGAUUCAUCCACUGUCCCAACACCAGACAAGAAGAUAUAUGUGCCCAGCUAUGGUGCCGUGUUGUGGGCGAGCAUGUUUGUCAUACAAAGAAUGGAAGUCUACAUUGGGCAGAUGGUACUGUCUGUGGUGUACGUCGGGUCUGUUUGGAUGGUGCCUGUCUGGAGGAAAAUGACGUUUUGAAGCCUAAAAUGCCAGUGGACGGGAACUGGGGCAGCUGGAGUGACUGGGGAGAGUGCUCACGUAGCUGUGGGGGUGGUGUACAUUUCUCAUACCGGGAGUGCAACAAUCCGGAGCCACAGAAUGGAGGAAAAUACUGCAAAGGACAGAGGGCAAUGUACGAGUCUUGUAAUACACGCGAAUGCCUUCCCCAGGAGCAGAGCUUCAGAGAGCAACAGUGUGCAAAAUACAACAGCUAUAAUUUUACUGAUAGAGAGGGAAACCUUAUUGAAUGGAUUCCCAAGUACUCUGGCGUAUUCCCACGGGAUCGCUGCAAGUUAUUUUGCCGAGCACGGGGCAGGAGUGAGUUUAAAGUCUUCCAGUCUAAGGUGCUGGACGGCACGUUGUGCGGGCCUGAAACCCUAUCUGUCUGUGUGCAAGGUCAGUGCAUCAAGGCAGGAUGUGACCACAUCUUAGGCUCCUCCAAGAAACUGGACAAGUGCGCUGUGUGUGGUGGGAAUGGAAUGAGUUGCAAGAAAAUAUCUGGAUCCCUCAACAAGUCCAAGUACGGAUAUACUGACAUUGUCCACAUACCAGCUGGAGCUACAAACAUUGACAUCAAGCAGCGCAGCCACCGGGGUAUCUCACAUGACAGCAUUUACCUAGCAAUCAAGAGAAUGGAUGGAAGCUAUCUGCUGAAUGGGGACUUUGCUGUAUCCUCCAUGGAGCAAGAUUUACAUUUAAGAGGGACCAUCUUAAAAUACAGCGGCUCCAUGACUACACUGGAGAGAAUACAGAGCAUUUACCCUCUUCCUGAAACGCUGAUAAUACAGCUCCUCUGUGUUGUUGGAGAAGCUGUUCCACCAAAAGUGAAGUAUACAUUCUUCAUCCCAAAGAACUUGUCCUAUGAAAGACCAAAGCCAAAAGAAAAAAUAUCCCAUCACUUCCUUAGACCACUUUUAACUUCUCAGUGGUUUUUGGGAGAUUGGGCUCCCUGUUCCAAGAGCUGUGGUUUUGGAUGGCAAAGGCGGACAGUAGAAUGCAGAGACAUGGACGGUGGUUCUUCUGACCACUGCUCUCAGGAACUUAGGCCUGAAGAUGUUCGACCUUGUGGGGAUUUACCCUGUCCUAUUUGGAGAGUAGGGAGUUGGUCACCCUGUUCUCAUAGCUGUGGAGAAGGUGUGCGGACACAGAGGGUAUUUUGUAUAGACUAUGCAGGAAAAGAGACAGACUCAAAUAAGUGUGACCCAGGAAAACGUCCAACAGAAGCAGUUACCCCCUGUAUGCUGAAGGAAUGCUGAGACUAUCAGUACUUAUGUGUUUAGGGGCACUUACCAGAAAGGCAGCUACUAAUAUUAAACCUAUUGUUGCUGAUGGAGACUUUAGUUAGAGCAUGACAAUUGACAAAUGGUGCACUCAGUAGUGGAAGGAGAUGAAUGCUAUUUCAUUCUGUGUGGGUCAUAGAGCAUUCACCUAGAUCAACCAACAACUAUUUAAAGUUACAAAAUAAGAAAUGGUAGACAUUUUUUAUAAGAAAUAUGUUUUCUAUCUGUGAUCUUUUCUUAAAGGGGAUUUGGCUUUAUUUGUUUUACUUUGGUUGGACCAUAAAUGUUUUGCUCUGAAAGGCUCAGUGCAUUACUGAAGGGCAUCGGAAACGCAGAAUCCACUCUGUGCUGCAUCUAACUGACCAGGAGGAUACAACACUUCUGCUAUUUGACAAUUCCCAAUCAGCAACAAUUGAGUCAACUGUGCACUAAGUGACAAGCAGGGCCUAGCUCUGCAUUAAAGACUAACAACAGAACGGAAACAUAACUUGUGUUUCAGAUACAGACUAGACAUCUACCUCACUAUGAAACAAAACUUAACAUUUUGUAUUGCUGCAAUGCAUUUUUUUCAUUUAUUGCAUCUUUUGCAUAUGUGGUGAGCUUCAUAAGCUCUUAGCAGGUGCUCUGCUAUAAUACGAAACAUUGUGUCAUUUUUUAAUUACUCUGUAUUAAUUGUGUAAAAAAGAACAUCUAUAAAACCAACAAGUAUUUGGGGUGUUUUUUGGCCCUGCAAUGUUA